GCGGCAGCCACGGUGGGGGAGCGCAGCUGUAGCUGGGCAUGCGGGUGCCCUGGCCGCUGGCCUGGGCCGUCCUGCAGCUGGGCUGGUGGCCCGGGUGGCUUCUAGAGUCCCCGGAGAGGCCCUGGAGCCCCCCCACCUUCUCCCCAGCGCAGCUCACGGUGUCCGAGGGGGCCGACGCCACCUUCACCUGCAGCUUCUCCAACUGGUCUGAGAACCUAGUGUUGAACUGGUACCGCUUGGAGCCCAACAACCAGACAAAGAAGCUGGCCGCCUUCCACAAGGGCCAGAGCCAGCCAGGCCCGGACCCCCGCUUCCAGGUGUCGCAGCUGCCCAGCAGGAGCGACUUCCACAUGCGCAUUCUGUCCGCCCAGCGCAAGGACAGCGGCGGCUACCUGUGCGGCGCCAUCUCCCUCACCCCCCGGGUGCACAUUAAGGAGAGCCCAGGCGCAGAGCUCACGGUGACAGAGAGAGUCUUGGAGCCCCCCACGUCACACCCGAGCCCCGCCCCCAGGCCAGGAGGCCAGUUUCAAGGCCUCAUUGUUGGUGUCACAAGUGUCCUGGUGGGUGUCCCAGUGCUGCUGCUGCUUGCCUGGGUCCUGGCUGCUGUCUGCUCCAGGAACAGGCCAGAGGCCAGAAAAGAUGAAAGCAAGGUGCAGCCCCUGAAGGCAGACCCGUCGGCAGUGCCGGUGUUCACCGUGGCCUACGGAGAGCUAGACUUCCAACGGAGAGAGGAGAGCCCAGAGCCCCCCGCCUCCGCCUCCUGUGUGCACACCGAGUAUGCCACGGUGGUCUUCCCUGGUGGGCCAGGCAACUCAGCCCACCACAGAGGCUCUGCAGAGGGCCCUCAGGGUCCUCGGCCCGCACCGCAUGAGGAGGGACGCUGCUCCUGGCCCCUCUGACCAGCUCCUCAGCCAGCAGGGCCUACCCCCUGCCCCCGGGCAACACACAGAGAAGCACGCUUUGCACCAGGGCCCAGCGUCCCUCCAGGUCUGGGGUGCUCUCACAGGGCUCACAGCAAGCUGGGAGCAGCAGGUGUCCUGUGUCUGACACGGAGGGCUGGACACAGCCCCAGGCUUUGUUCCAAGGGGUUGGAGUGGCUGAGCCCAGCCCCCGAGCCUUCACUGUGUACAACCAGGGGCCUGAUCCACUCCUCCGACGUGGGGCAAUGGGGUCGGGCUGGAGCCUGCCUGGGGGCUGACCCCGCGAGGCAUCCUCAGAGCAAGAAGACUUGGGUGCACACAGUGGAUGCCUGUGGUUGCCCUCCAGAGGUGCUCCAAGUGGACGUUCACACCCCAGGCCUGGAGAGAUUUCAGCAAAGGCCAGAGGCUCUCAGCUGCAGGAGAUGGAGGUGUACGGCCAUCCACCAGGCCAGCCCUCCGGGCCCCUCAGUCCUUCAUACCUGCCCCGCAGCACUGCCCUCUGCACAGGGAGCUGAGACAUGAUUGCAGAAUGAGGUAAAUAAGACGCACUCAGCAGCACACGCGGCCGUCACAGCGCUGGAAGGCCAGGGCGGGCCUCGUGAUGACGCGCGGGAGCCAUGGCAAGAAACUGCCAGACAGACUCACAGAGGCCCCCAAAGAGGAACUUAGCGCACAAGGGUGGUGGCACCCUAUUCUACUCUGGGCGUGGGCCCGGCGCCUACAUUUUUUUUUUUUUUUUUUUGACAAGCAGAUAUUUGGCGUCUGUAUUCUGCUUCUGUAUUUUGCUUGGCUUGCAAAGGAGCGUUGGAAAGACUCCGUUUACAGGACACCACUCUGGGGUACAAGAACUCCACCUGUGACUAUUCAGGGCCCUCCUGGGUCCCCAAUGCCUAAGAGCCACCCCAGCCAGUUAUAACUGGCUAUUGGCAA